UGAGAAGGGAGGUCCCUGUCAAGAGAAUGGCCAAGAUCUCCUCAGGCGAGGAUGAAAGGGGAGGCAGGGAAAAGCAAAGAGCCCCUGAAAACACCCCCACACUCGGGAAGAAGUUGUCGGCCAAACCCCUGCGCGGAAGUGUAUCUGCAGGAAGACGGAUGUCUGCCAAGGUCUCCCCUGGUCCCCUCCUCUCCAAACCCCCCAUGCAGGUGAAAGAAGGCUCCCUGGUGGUCAGGUGGCUGAGAUUAGUGUCCGGGCUCCAGUUGUGUUCAUUCCUGAUAGAUAUUGUGGCCUGGAUUAUGUGCAUUGCCUCAACAGCCGUUGUCAACUGGCGAGUGUGGAGUGUGGAAAACAUCAAGGGAAUCGGCUCUGGAAACAUCUGGAUUGGAAUCUGGCAGGUCUGCUUUUGGAAAGACCCUUCUAACGACGGAAACUCUUUUUGGCAUUGCGAAGAUCUCAAUGAGCAGCAUCCAAGCCUCCCAAGGGAAAUUUUUAUUGCACAGGACUUAAUGGCAUUAGCUUCCAUUAUGAAUUCAGCGGCCCUUGGAUUGAUUUCAUUUGCCUUGUAUAAUGUGUUCGAGCCCAGAAAACAUAAGAAUUUUGUGUUAACCUUUUUUAGGCUUGCAGCUUUCCUGAACUUAGUUGCAGGGAUACUCGUCCUGAUUUCUGUGGUAUGGAACAUGAAUGAGGGGAUCAAGAAGGGUCAGAAGUGA